UGUGUAUACAUUCCUUGAAUUUUGUUUGGAGAAGUAAACCCUGUUUACCUGACAACAUGUGCAUAUGCAUGGCACUGUAGAAAUGUAACUGAGAAUGUUCUUGAUAAACAAACACACCAGCUAAUGCACUAUAAACUAUGUCCAAUAUCUUGUGUGACAUGUGUACACUACAACCAGUACUAGAGCUAUAGGUGAACAUUGACAGCUAACAAGAAUCAAUUAUCAUUUCAUUAUGACGUAUCCAGUUCCUCUACUGAUACUACUAGUCACUAUUGUUCACAGCAGUUCUGCUAAAUGUAUUGAGGAUGAACUUCCAGUAACAUUCAUUAAUUCAACUGUCAAUGCUCCAUUAUAUUGUCCAAUAGCUCGUGACUGUAAGGGAUGGCUGGCAGCAGGUGUUAAUAAAAGUGGAAUAUAUCCUGUCAAACCAGACAAUGGAACUGGUUUUCAAGUAUACUGUGAUAUGGAGACUGAUGGUGGUGGAUGGACUGUAUUUCAGAGGAGAGUUGAUGGUAGUGUUGAUUUCUAUCGUAACUGGGCUGACUAUGAAAAAGGGUUUGGUGAUUUGAAGGGAAACUAUUGGCUGGGACUGGCUAACAUACACAGACUCACUCCAACUGAUGAUAGUUCACUGAGAAUAGAACUGGGAGACUUUGAAGGAAACAAACGGUUUGCUAAAUACAGUCAAUUCCAGGUACUUGAUGCUAAUAUCCAGUAUGCACUAAUAGCCCAGGGGUACAGUGGUGAUGCUACUGAUUCAUUCAGUGGCCACAGUUUAAUGAAGUUUUCAACUAAAGACAGAGAUAAUGACAAACAUUCAGAUCCAAAUUUUAGCUGUGCUGCUGACACUAAAGGUGCCUGGUGGUAUAAUGCAUGUUUUAGUUCUAAUCUCAAUGCUUUAUAUUAUAAUAACCCAACUAGUGCUCCUGAUUGGCAUGGAAUAAAUUGGUAUAGCUGGAAGGGAAAGAAAUAUUCUCUCAAAUUCACUGAAAUGAAAUUUCGUCGCAAUUAACACAAUAAAGGAAUAAUGAGAACUUGCAAUUAACAGUGCGUGUGUGUGUCUUGAUUAUUAUUAUCAGUGUAGUGUUAGUGCAGUAUUGGUCAUUAUCAUUGGUAGAAUAUUAAACUUAAUUUUGGAAUAAAUUUCUUUAAAUGCUCCUAUAAUAAGAAAGCUCAAA